GUGAUAUCUGUGAGUAAGACCUGUUUUGCUGUCUCUUACCUCUCUCUCAUCAUUACACAUGGACGAGCUGCACGUUUUUCUCCUCAUUCUCUUAGGAGCUGUUUCUUGCAAUCAUGAUUCAGUUUCUGGAUCGGUGUUGGAGGUGACGGUCAGACCAGGAGACAACAUCACUCUCUACUGUGACUGCAAAUUAUCAACUGGAGUAUACAUAGUGUGGUACAGGAACUGCUCUCAUGAGAACCAGCCUACUCUUGUCCUUAACAAAAAACACCCUUCAAAGAUGGUCAACACUGAAAAUGACCCUCUGAAGAUUCUGCCUCGUUUUCAGUUUGUGAGAAACUUUUCUUCUGCAUCCUAUGACCUGCUGAUCAUGAACAUCACUGAUUCUGAUGAGGGUCUCUACUACUGUGGAACUGUGCAGACCAAGGUGGAGGAUAAAGAAUACAUUACAUCCAGAACUAUUUACAGAUACGGCAACAUCACAACAAGGAUCAUAAUCAAUUCCAACUCUGACUGCAGUGGGUGCAUCUCAGAUCAUGUACUUAUUGUGCCCUGGAUGAUGGUUUUCUCUCCGGCCCUCACUAUUCUCUCCUCCUUCAUCAUCUUUGUUUUUGUUUAUCACUUCUGUCAGAAAACAGAUAACAAACCUCAAAUUCUUCAGAGAGGACCUGACACCAGAGGACAUAAAAGAUGGGAUCAGGGUGAAGAUGUGUUUUUCACACGAGUUGUAUUCCGGGCCAAGGAUGGACAAACACACCAAUAGAGAGAGGACGGACAGCACCAACACAUUUGUUUUAUUCAAGAGGAAACCAAAUAGAGCCAAAUGAGCUCCACUUCAAACGUGUCAGAUUCAGGUCCGCAGUUUAAGGUGUCAUAUCCUCGGGGCGUUGGUGGCUUGGUGGUACAGAAGGCGCCCCAUGUACAGGGCCAUUGCCGCAGCGGCCCGGGUUUGACUCCAGCCUGUGGCCCUUUGCUGCAUGUCUCUCCCUCUCCCUCCCUCUCUCUCCCCUUUUCACACUUCAGUAUACUAUCAAUUAAAGGAAAAAAAUGCCUAUAAAAAUAUCUUUAAAAAAAAGGUGUCAUAUCCUCUUGUGUUUCCAGCCCAGUCGCCUGAAGAAAAUGGUGGCAGUGUACGUUUCUGAAAACCAACCAUGUGUUACAUUUGCACGUUUUUUAUCAUAUCACAUUUCUAAAGUGACAUCGGGGCUGCUGCUGGACAUUUGGGUGCCCAAAGUGUAAUUGCUAUGUUGUGCCCUGAACUGUACAAACUGUGCAUAUAUAUGUUCCACUACAGCAGAUCUAUAACACAGGCAUUUUUCAUCAGUUGCGGGAGGCUCUACAGAGGCAUGUAUGUCUGCAUUAGCUGCCUACAAGGUUGUUAAUAAGUCAUCAUAUGACAGCUUCUGAGUUCUGAAUUGAUACUGAUGACAGUAAGUCCAAUUAAAUGGUCCUGUGCCAUUGCUGAAUGCAGGUAUGUGUUGAUGAGCAUACAUUUUGAAAAACUUCACUCAGAAAAGGCAACUGACUGUAUUUAUAACCUUAUUAAUAACCUAAAAGCGCAAGCACACUACUCGGCAAGCUUGCGCUGCCACUGCAUUUCCUUCUGGGACAGUGCCACAAAAAGUUGUGUUUCCAGUGGGGAUUGUGCCACCAAAAGCAAAAACAAAACGUUUUUUUUUUCCUAUGCAUAAUUAAAUGGGGGUUUUUUUUGACUAAAUAUAACCACAUGUAAACCACAACAUUUUUGAAAUGUAAAGUUUCAACGAAUCUGCUACAAAUGUAGUAUCUGUGGUUUGCAGAAACGUACAAUGGCAACAUUUAUAUGAUUGGGUUCUGCUUUUCUGUUCAGUUCAGCACAUCCUGUGGUUUAAGACACUGCUGAACCAAGUGAGCCAGCGCAUGAUUUGUCACCAAUCUCUUACAAAUCCACCAAACAACUGUCUUUUUUUUCUUUACUUCACACUUUCAUAACCUGUUUUAAAUGUGCUUUUUGUCAUCAUGUUAUUAUUUCAUCUGAUUUAAACCUUCAUUUUAUUUGUUUUUAAGUUAACAUGGAGUAUUAAGAAUUAGUUGUCGGCACGUAUUGUAUACAGUUUUACGUGUAGAGUGUAUAUUUUAUGGAGAAUUUUAACUAUGAUUGCUUCUUUGCUUGUCAUUGUUAUUACAUUUAAAAACCAUGUACUUGCUGAAUUCUCAUUUAUAAACUGUAUUUCAAUAAAAACAAAAUAUUUUCAAAGGCAAUAUUAUAUUUCAGUUUGUUUUAGCAUGUGAGAUAGUAAUACAGAUAUGUUCAUUCUUUUUGAAAUAAUGAAUAUCAGAAAUGAUCUCAUUGUAAUAAAUUGAAAUGAAGGCAAGAUGAAAAUUCCAGUAUUCCAGAAAGCAGUAAAUACUAUCAUACUGAUUAAUGUUAUACUGUAAUAUACAUAACAGGCUAUAUAUGAUCUUUUUGAUUGGCCCUUUUACUUUAACUCUCACUGUGUGUUAUAUAUAUAUUAUUAUUUAGCAUCUGUAUAUUAUAUAAAACUUUUUAAAAUA